AUGAAUCAUUUUACUAAACGAAAAUACCCUGAAGUAAGAGAGCCAUAUCACUGUGAUAUCUGUGGUAAUUCAUUCACUGAAGAAAGAGUCUUAGCUAAACACAAUAGUGACUUGAUUAAACACAAACGUAUUCAUACAGGAGAUAUUAAACACAAAUGUAGUCAUACACGUGAGGAGCCGUAUCAUUGUAAUAUUUGUGAUAAAUCAUUCUCUUCAAAUAGCUAUUUGAUUAGUCACACGCGUAUUCAUACUGAAGAAAACUCAUAUCUGUGUGAUAUUUGUGGUAAAUCAUUUUCUCACAACAAGACUUUAAAUAAUCACAGACGUAUCCAUACAGGUGAAAGACCAUAUCAUUGCGACAUCUGUGGUGAGUCAUUCUCUCAAAAAGGCCACUUAAGUACACAUGUGAAUAUUCAUACAAAAGUGUAA